CAGAGAUGCGACAUGUGACAGCAGGUUAGACAUGCAGUAAAGAGCUGUAGAUCGAGUGUCUGUGUGCACAAACAGACUGGGGUGAGAGUAACGCUAAGCCAAAUUGCCUGAUUUACAACCGCUUCAUAUACAGGCUUUCCAUCGGAAAAGGCAUAUGGGCAGAGUGACCUAGCAAGAACUGAACAUCUCUACAGCUUUCAUCUGCAGCCAACAUGACAACUGCCACAAGGCUUUUGGAUGAGCUGUGCCACCUCACUGCUCAGUCGCUGACCUCGCUGGAUCCAUCCGAUCACUUCCAGGUCAUCAAACUCCUGGGUGAAGGCUCAUAUGGCAAGGUCAUGCUGGCAAUGCAUAAGAAGAGAGGUACUCCCAUGGCUUUAAAAUUCUUUCCUCGUGACUCGACCUCUCUCCUCUCCUUUCUGAGGGAGUACAACCUCUCUCUGGCCUACUGUACCCACCCAUCUCUCACAUCUGCUCUGGGAAUUGCCUUUUCCACCCCUACUCAUUAUGUCUUUGCCCAGCAACCCAGUCUCUAUGGAGACCUAUAUGAUGUCAUUGUUCCUGAGGUGGGUCUGGAGGAGAGUUGUGUUCAGAGAGUGGUGUCUCAGAUCAGUGGAGCUCUUUCUCACCUCCACACUCUUGGCUUUGUCCACCGUGAUGUUAAGCCAGAAAACAUAUUCCUGUGCGACCGUGACUGUCGAUGGGUGAAGCUUGGUGAUUUUGGUAUGGUGAAGGCAGCAGGUACCAGGGUCCCCUGUGUGUGGUACAGCUCUCCCUAUUGUACCCCUGAGGCAGAGAUAGCAAGGGAGAAGGAGCUGAACGACUCAGGGUCCCCCUCUGUGGAUGAGAAUGGCAACAAGAGCAAAGAGGGCUCCCAGAAGACUACAAAAAAACGUUUAUUAGUCUCGGUAGAGGUCAGCACAGACAGCUGGGCACUAGGAAUUCUGAUCUAUGCUAUGCUAAUGGGAAGUCUACCCUGGUCUGAGAGUGUUCUGGACAAUGUUGCAUAUGAGAGGUAUUUCAGGUGGAGUGAGAGGAUGCAAACUGAAGACAGUGGGUCAGAUGGUCUUAAGGAGUUCUACUAUGUAGCCCCACAGUUCACAGCAUUCACUCCAUUGGCCUGCUCUCUUUUUCAAGCAUUACUGCACCCAAAGCCCAAUCUUCGAGCAACCCCAGGGGAGGUAGCUGCAUAUCUGGGAGGAGCCUGGCUGCUGACUAGUGAUAUUAGUGGGUGAAGAAGUAGAAUAAAACAGUCAGGUAGUAGCAAUGGCAAGUUUCACUUCAAUAUAAACUCUUUUACAUCAUCUUUCAUUAUGUAUCUUUGGGAACACUGGCACUGCCGCUGUCAUGCUUGGUCUCAGGCAGAUGAGUCUGGCAUGGCGGUUAAGUUAAGCUAGCAACUCUUUAGGUCACAACCCGAGAGCGAGAAGUAAAAUCUUUUAUGACUGAGCUAAACCUGUCUAUGACUGAGCUAAACCUGGCUAUGAUUAAGCUUAACGUGGCUAUGACUGAUCUAAACCUAGCUAUGACUGACCUAAACCUAACUAUGACUGACCUAAACCUAGCCAUGACUGAGCUAAACCUGGCUAUGACUAAGCUUAACGUGGAUAUGACUGACUUAAACCUAGCUAUGACUAACCUACACCAAACUAUGACUGACCUAAACCUAGCUAUGACUGACUUAAACCUAACAAUGACUGACGUAAACCUAGCCAUGACUGAGCUAACCUGGCUAUGACUAGCCUAAACCAAGCCAUCACUAAGCUUGACAAUGAACCAAGCCUAAGUCGGCUACAACUAGGUUUACACUUGCUAUGAUUGGGCUCAGCUGCUGUUUUCUUUGAUAAACAAAUGCAAACUAGACAAAUAAAAUUAAAAUGACAUAACAGCAAACUAAACAAAUUAAACAAAAAUAUCUAAUGGACUCAGAAACAAAUGACUCAUAGGCGAUAUACAGGUGAUAGAAGUGAUUCAUAAAAGCUGUAUUUCAACGAGACGGUAUCAAUCAUAGAUUGUAAUAAAGCAACACACUAUAUAGAAUAUCCUCAGCAUAACUGUUAAUACACUGCUGCCACCUACUGGAUAUAUUUUGAACUGCAAGAACAGACAUAUAAAUCAUGGUUAUUUAUGAAAUGUAAAUAUUGAUGUUUUUAAGGGUUAUUUUGAGAAUGAGUAUUCAAGUACUUGUUUGGACCUACCAACCAGUAUUCAAAGCGGGCCAGCUACACUAUUCUUUUCUAAUUAGUGAGUCCAGAUACCUUGAUUGCCCUGCGAUGAACUGGCGACCUGUCUAGAGUGUAUUCUGUAUUCCGCCCGAUGAUUGCUGAGAUAGGCUCCAUCAUUGGACGAACAGUAUUUGCAUACUUUCUGACAUUAAAUAUAUGGACAUGUGGUUUAGGUAUAUGUUCAUCUUCAGGACAGACUUAUUUGUAUACCUGCUUAUGACUUUCUUACACUUGUUUUUAAAGUAAACUGAUGUGUUUUUGUUGGAUAACACUAAUAGGAGAAACAGAGCAGAGCAUAUAAUACUUGUUACUGAUAUAAUCAAUG